AUGGCAUCACAAUCUUGGUACAGGGGCAGAGUCAAGGCUUGUCCUUCAGGCGAUUGCCUUGUCAUCCAAGCCCUUCGGCCAAACAAUACCGGAAUCCCACUGGAAAGAGUUAUUACUUUGUCGUCGGUUCGUGCUCCUAAACUAGCCGGUGAAGAUCGCAGCACUGAUGAGCCUUUUGCAUGGGACAACAGAGAGUAUCUGAGGAAGCUAUGUCUCGGAAAGGAGGUGGUUUACUGCAUUGAGUCUGUUGAAGAACCGCUUGGCUUGGUUGGUACUGUUUUCCUUGGUAACUAUAACGUUGCAGCACUUGUUGUUCAGAAAGGAUGGGCAUCUGUAACUUCGCCGAGCACAACUCCUUACUAUGUUGAGCUCCAGUUUUACAUGGACCAAGCUUUUAACAAAGGUCUCGGUCUCUGGAGCAAGGCUUCCGGUGCGGCGGAGGCAUCUGUUAGGACUCUACCUCCCCAACUCAACUCAGAGACCACCAAGAAUCUUUUGGCUGCAAACAAGGGAAAGAGUAUGGAUGCUAUCGUCGAGCAUGUUUGUGAUGGGAGUACAGUUCAGGUUCACUUGCUUCCGGAGUUUCAGCUUGUCCAGGUAUUUGUUACAGGAACUCAGUCGCCCUAUGGUGCUUAUCCUUUUGCAUCGGAAGCGAAACUUUUCACAGAGACUCGUGUGUUGAAUAAAGAUGUGCGUAUUGUCUUGGAGGGUGUUGACGAAUGCAGCCGUCUGAUUGGUUCGGUGUACUAUUACCCCGAUGGAGAAUCUGAGAGGGACUUGGGGCUGGAGCUUGUGAAGAAUGGUUAUGCUAAAAUUUUACGAUGGAGCGCAGAAGUGAUGGAUGAAGAUGCAAAGCAGCGGCUCAAGACUGCAGAGUUUGAAGCUAAGAAGAACAAGCGGAGGAUUUGGACAAACUUAGUUACAAAUUCCAAGCCAAUUCAUGACCAGAAUUUCACUGGAACAGUUGUGGAGGUUGUAAGUGGGGGAUGUGUUAUUGUGGCUGAUGAUUCUAGAGAGCGGAGAGUUAGUCUUUCGAGUAUUCGGUGUCCAAAGAUGGGAAAUUCUCGGAGAGGUAAUAAGCCAGAUGACUAUGCGCGUGAAGCCAAGGAGUUGCUGAGGACACGCCUUAUUGGACGCCAAGUGAAUGUUGAAAUGGAGUAUUCAAGGAAUGUCGGCAAAGCAGAUUCAGAGUCUUCUGGAGUCAUAGAUUUCGGAUCAGUCUUUGUUGAGGAUAAAAACGUUGCUGAGCUUCUGGUUGCAUGUGGUUUCGCUACUGUCAUCAAUGAGAGAUCAAGAUACUAUACUGCUCUUCUUGCUUUCGAAACACGUGCUAUUGCUGAAAAGAAAGGAUUACAUUCUUCAGAGGAGGCCCCCGUUGUGCACAUUACUGACUUGACCACAAUGGAAACAGCCCAGAAAGCAAGAGACGCAUUGCCAUCCUUGCAGCGAACUAGGAGAGUGUCUGCAGUUGUGGAAUAUGUCUUCAGCGGUCAUCGUUUUAAACUUUACAUUCCCAAGGAGACAUGCAGCAUCUCGUUUUCUCUCUCAGGUGUGAGAUGUCCUGGUCGUGAUGAGCCCUAUUCGGAAGAAGCAAAGGCAGUCAUGAGGCGAAGAUUAAUGCAGAGAGAUGUUGAGAUUGAAGUGGAGACUGUUGAUGGAAACGGAACUUUCGUGGGAAGUUUAUGGGAAUCUGGGACCAAUGUGUCAAUUGCCCUUGUUGAAGCUGGCCUCGCCUAUAUUGGUGGUAGUGAUAAGAUUCAAGAUGGCCAUCUCCUAGAACGAGCUAUGAAAGAAGCAAAAAUGAAGAAGCUGAAAAUUUGGGAGAAUUCUGUAGUGAUUACAGAAGUUUUGGACAGCGGUAAAUUCUAUGUGCAGACAGUUGGGGACGAGAAGAGUGCCUCUAUUCAGCAACAGCUUGCUUCUUUGAACCUUGAAGAAGCUCCUUCUGUAGGUGAUGCUUUUAAUCCUAAGAAGGGUGACAUUGUCCUUGCUCAAUUUAGUGUAGAUAAUUCUUGGAACCGAGUUAGGAUUGUCAAUGUGCGAAAAGACAAUUUUGAAGUGUUCUACAUUGACUAUGGUAAUCAAGAGGUUGUCCCUUACAGUGAGUUACGGCCUCUUAACUCUUCUCUUGCCGCUGCACCUGGUCUCGCUCAGCUAUGCAGCCUUGCACAUGUUAAAGUCCCGAGCUUGGAGGAGGAGUUUGGUCAAGAAGCAGGUGAGUAUUUGAGCGAGUGCAUUUUGGACAAGGAGUUCACCGCCGAGAUUGAGGGAAGAGAUAUUUCAGGAGGAAAAUUUGCUAAAGGCCGAGGAACCGGACCAGCUCUUAUGGUAACUCUUGUUGCAUCAGAUAAUGUUGACAGUAUAAAUGCUGUCGUGCUUCGUAAUGGACUUGCUAUUCUAGAUAGCCAUUGGAAGGCUCGUCACCUGAGAAAGUUCCAGCAAGAGGCAAAAACCUUCCGCCGGGGGAUUUGGCAUGAUUACUACGAGGGAAUUCAAUUUGCACCCAAUUUUUGA